UUUUAUAGGAUUUUUUAUGAUGGGAGGUCUUCUUGAUGAGAGAGUGGUGUUGGAGACCAUUUUCAACAACUAUGAUACAGAUGGAAAAGGGAACUUGUCUCCGAUACAGAUGCAGAUACUGCACGGAGAUCUACGUAUGGGGGGUAUUAGUUUACCACAAGUUAUGGAGUCAAUGAAGUAUGUGUGUGUCCAUCGCAGUUACUGUGAACCCUCAGAGCUUUAUGCUCUAUUACAGGAAAUGGACCGCCGCUACUUCCUGAUUCAGGACUUCAGAUGGGAAUUCUCCAUGAUAGAUGUACAUCACAAAGACACCAUUUCACAGGAUGAAGCUCGAUGGUUUGUUCAAACUGUCCAUGGCCGCCAUUUCUCCAGGAAGAAGUGGGAGGAGUUUGUGAAGGGUCGUCCAAUCCCUGGCAGUUCUGUUGCAUUUGCUGAGAUUGAAGUUAUGUUGUGCAGUAUUCCGAAUCGCCUGGAUCUGCAGACAGAGAAAAUGGAAGAGGAACAGGAAAGAGAGGAUCGAUUAAGAAGAGAGAGGUUAGCAGAAGAAGAAGUGGCAAGGUUAAAGAAAAAGAGAGAUGAGGAACGGAGAAAGCUAGAAGAGGGACAAAAGAAAGAAGAAGAAUUGCGAAGAAAAAGACAACUUGAAGAUGAAGAGAGACAGAGACAAGAGGAAGAAGAGAGAAGAAGGAGGGAGGAAGAGGAGGAACUGGAAAGAUUGAGGGAGUUGGAGAAAAAACAGAGAGAAGAAGAGGAGCUAAGGAAAAGAGAGGAAGAAGAGUUGUAUAAAGAUGUGGAAAAAUUUGCUAAGGAAGCUGAGGAGAAAGAGAAGAAGACAAAGGAAGAGCUGGAUAAACUGAAGAAGAAGGGAGGUUCUGAUGAGGAGCAGAAGAGGUUACGUAAACAGCUACAAGAUGAAAGGCACAGAAAACUGAGGUAUAAUUUGAAAGUGGCAAUAAAAAGUCGGGACCGCUACCAGCUGGACUACAACAUCACUGAGUUCAAGAAGGAAAAGCUGGAAGAUACAGACAUGGACCUCAAGAAAGCAGAGAAAAUUCUGAAGGAACUCCUUGUCAGAGACGACUUACAUCGUGCAAUGACAAAACGAGAAUUAGAAGAAUUAGAGAAGGCUAUCAAUGCUGUGAAGAAACAUGGCUUGGAAAUACCCCUGGCCAAGGAGCUGGGAGAGGCUAACAAACUGUUUACACGGCUUAAACGACUGGAGCGAAUCCGUCACGAGAUCCUGGAGCUGAAGCAAGCAACUGUGGCUGAGAUCAGAAGUUAUCAGAAUCCUCCACCCAUGGUUCAUAAGAUCAUGACAGCAACAUUUUUAUUGCUUGGCCACCAGGAAAAAGAAACAAAGAUUUGGAAAGCUGUUCAAGCCUUGGUUGGAAAGACAGGAAAGGAAAGCUUGAAGAGACGCUGUAUAGAAUGCAAGCCAGAAAACAUUCCACUAAACCCAGCAAAGAGGGCUAAGUCACUGUUAGAAGAGUUUGACCUUGAGGAGGUCAGGGAUGUGUCAGCAGGCGCGGCCACUUUCUAUGUCUGGGCUUCGGCAAUGAUCGAGGAAUUAGAGGACCUUACCGCCCAAAAAGAAGCAGCAAAGAAAACAGCUUCGUAAUAAUAAGUCAAAAAAAAAAAUGAUCCACGAAGCAAAAAAUAUUUGCUGAAUGAUCCUUUCUACGGAGUACUUUUAGAACAGAUUUAUAUCUCUUUCUACAGCAAUCAGACAUAUCCCCAUUCCUGACCCCCAUUUCCUCAGUACAACGAAGUUAAAACCACGUGAAACAGCAUGUUUUUAUUGCUACAUGGAAAGAAAAUUCUGAGAAUAUUAUUUUUGCUGAACUAAUCAGAACCUAUUUAUUUUUGACAUGGCAUCAAGACCUUGAACGAAACGCCGAUUUCGGUUCAACAUCCUUUCGGAUUCCGUGAUUUUUUCCGUCCACAUACAACCAUUGUAGAGUUCAUUAUUGGCAGCAAGGGAAUCGUACUAACGUGUUAAACGUUGCUUUUGUAAUUCUUUUUUUCUAAGUAAAGUACUUGACGCCUUCUAACCGAUAUUUAAAUCGGUGCUUAUGUUCUUAUUAUUGGGUUAAAAAUCUCAAGGUCUAAGUUCUUUCUUUGAAAACACAUUCCCCGAAGUAGGCUAGCAUAUUAACAUCGCAAUUAAUAUUUUCCGUUUCAUAGAUUGUGACGUCAAUUAUAUUCAUGUAUAUGAAAGCUGGCUCUUUCUUUCAUAUUGAUAUCUUGUUUCAUAUACGAUAUAUAU